CUCAAGGGUAAAGCAGUAAAUAAAGGAAGAACAGCAAUGAAAAAUAUUUAUGAUUGUUGAUUGUAGGGGAAAAUGAGAGAGUAAAUACUGGAGGCCAUAGAAUUGCAGAACCAGUUUAUCUCAUUUUUGGAAGAAGAAACGUCGUUGAGGGACUUGUAAAAAGAGAUAAUUUGCAAGAUGAAACAAGAGCUCAAUCUUGCUCUUAACAUUUUCCUAGCAUUUUCCAAAACCAAACCCAGGGAAACUUUAAAGAGAGGAAGAAUGGGUUUUGGAGAGUAGCGGAAAGAACUUGAUUAAUGAAUUUCAAAUUGACCAAAUGACAUCAUGCACUGAAGUAAACUUGAUUGAGGCACUUGUAAGCAAAGAGAAAAUUUACCAGAUGAAACCAGUGCUCAAUCCUUUGUCUUCACAUUGGCUUGCUUCCAAAUUUGUACCUUAGAACAAAUGUGGAAGAGGAUGGACAAAUAUAGGAGAUUAUGUACUCAAAAGGACUCAAGUGAAGCUUCUCAAAUUACAGUGGAUUCCCUCUAUGAAAUCCUUUGAUGACUCAUUGAGAUAGAGGCGAAACAUUAAGAUAUAAUGAAAUUUCUGAGGAAUCAAGGUUGAAAUAUGAUGUAUGAAGAAGUUUCCAGAUUGAGAUUUCAAACGUUUAUUGUCGCAGUGGAGCAUUUUGAGAUAUAGAAGAAAGGAGGAAUAGCGUCAAAAGAACUCGAUCAAUGCAUUUUUUGUUACAAGGAAUGAACAUAAACUCUUCUAAUCCAUGACGAUGACAAAUCACUUAUUGAAAUCUUACAUCCACCAUUGAAUGUGGAGAAAUUACGGCAAUGGAAUUACAGAGGCAACACUAUUUUCGCCGACUGCAUGAUGUCCUUAACCAACCUCAGGCACUUAAGAAUUUGUCAUUGCAUAAACUGCACUACCAAACCACCUUGUUCAGAAUACAACAUUGGAUAUAUCCAUUGAGGAUUGUCCUAUGUUAGGCCACCCUUGAAGGGGAAAAUGAGAGUACUUGUUGAAAUAAUCAGCGAUGCACCUCCAUCUGUUUGGAACAUCUGCAGUAUCCUCUCGGUGUAGUCUUAGCUGUCCAUGUAAUCUCAUCAUGCUUAGAUUUUGUUUUUUCUUUGAAUUUUUAUACGGGAACUUUAAAAUUUAUUAUUAAUAUUAAUUAGUGAUAUAUUAAAUUUUGAAAUUUUGAAAAAGAACUCCUUCAGCAACUUCUCAAAAUUUAUUGCUUUUUGAAGAACUCCAUGAGCCAAAAUUAUGUAACAGUUCAAAUGGAAAAGUUAAUCAUUUUCUUCUCAAGCACUAUGUUAUAUUUUGAGUUUUCUAUAAAGUAUUUUCUUUUUCAUCAAGUAAAACAAUUAAACAGAGCAUUUUCCCAAAACAAGUUCAAAGGAUGAUGUUGAACUACCCUGUUAAAUAACUGUCAAUGCCUUUCUCUUAUGUCAGGGAGCUUCUCCAAUUUCAUAGAAUUCCAUCUAUGAAUUACUAGGAUAGUUCAGCGAGCAUUUCUCGUUAUGGAAGAGAGGAGGAGUGACAUUAGAAAAUAGUUGAAAGAAUUUGAUUGAUAGUUGGUUAUGCUUUCUCAAUGCUGCUUUCUGUUCUUCUUCAUUUCAUCAAAUUACACUGGAUGACCUCUUUAAAAUUUUGUUAACUUUUUCCAGUGAGGCAAGAUGUCAUGAAUUUUCUGAAGAAUCAAGAACUUUUUGUCAUGCUGGAAAACAGUGACAGACCAGGCAUAAAAUUACUUAUGCUGACAAUUUAUAACUUCUGUCACUGAUCGGCAGAGAAAAUACUCCGGGGCAAAGUAAUGAAAGGACAAGUUGUAAUCGUUCAGUAGCAGAAAUUUCGGUGAGGGCAAUUCUAUCGAAAAGAAAAGUUGCCCAAUGAAACAGCCAACAAGUGCAUAUCUUUUGGUUUUCAAAGUUUCUUUGGAGCUUCUCUAAUUGCACUGAAUUUCAUCUAUGAAAUCUUUGAGGACUCAGUUUGAGGUUUCUCUUGUCAAGUUGUAAGGAAAGUUACCUAUGUUAAGGUGUUUGUUCUCUUUGAGCACAUUGAAACCCGGCAUCAAAUUCCCUGUCAAGAACAUUUAUUCACGCCGGAAACUAUUGACAGGCCUGGAGAAACAAGUCCUAAAUCUUUUGGUUUUCAAAUUUGCUUGCAUCAGAUGAUAAUGGAACCAUGAAUCGUAACAGAGGAAUUCAAACAUAAUGAUACAAGCAUGCUAAUAGGGGAAUUAUCAAUGAAAGUUGUGACUUGUGACUUUUAAGUAGAUAUUGAGCAACUGCAUCUGUCAUUACACUGGAUUCUCUAUGAAAUCCCUUGAUGACUAAGAAGCUAAGUUUGUUCUGGUUGUCCCUCUACUUAUCAGGCAAGUUUAAGAUGUCAUGAAUUCGUGUUUUUUUUUUUUUUUCCCUCUAUCUGAGCUUAUUGGAACCACACAUUUUAUGUCUACUGAAGUUUGUAUCAUCCUGGAACAAGUUGACAGGCCUGGAACCUAUGUACUUGUUAAAGUGCUGUAUUUUGCGUUAUUUAAGAGAGGAACAAUGACAUUCAGAGGUCAGUUGAAGAAUUGUGAUUAAUAAACAUAUCAGAGUUAAUACAUGAACUGAUUUCCUCACCGCAGGGAAUGCUCUAGGGCAAAGCAAUUGCAGAAACCUCAUUGAUGCUCUUGUAGAACUAAAAGCAAAUUUGCCUCAUGAAACAAUGUGCUUUUACCCAACUGGAUGAUGUCCUUAACCAACCUCAGGGACUUUACACUAGCUGGAUGCAUAAACUGCAAGCAUUUGCCUCCCUUGGGAAAAUUGUCAUCCCUUAAAUCUUUGUGUAUAACUCUCUGUACUCCUUAAAGGUCACAACACUGGGUUAUGGAAGAGAGGAAGAAUGAAGGACCAAUUCUUUAUAGUUGAAUGGCAGAAACUUCAUUGAGGCACAUAUAUUGUAACAAGAAGAAACUUUUGCCUGAUGAAACAAGUGCUGAAUCUUCUGGUUUUCACAUUUUCUUGCUGACUUCAAUCAUUGCCCAAGGGAUACAACAGGAGGCGAGGCUAGUUGUUGGUGUCGACAAAGAAGUCAAAAGGCUUAGGAGCAAUCUUGAAGCUAUUCAAACUGUGCUCCUUGAUGCAGAGGAAAGACAACUGAAGGAAAGACAUGUUAGACUUUGGUUAGAUCAGCUCAAGGACACGUCUUAUGACAUUGAAGAUGUGUUGGCUGAGUGGCACUAUGCCUUGUUAAAACAGCAAAUUGAGGGGGUUGAAAACAACCUUGUUCCUUCUAAGAAGGUAUGUUUCUCCUUUUCCUGCUCUUGCUUUUCAAUCAAACAAGUUAGGUUACGUCAUGAUAUUGCGAUCAAGAUAAAGGAAGUAAAUGAAAAUUUAGAUGUGAUUGCGAAACAAAAAGAUAUGUAUAAUUUUAAUGUGAUUAGAAGUGUUGGGAAGUCCGAACGAGUACAAAGUAUCUCAUUUGUUGAUGUGUCUGAGAUAUAUGGUCGAAUUGAGGAUAAGAAUACUUUAGUACGCAUGUUGUGUGAGAGUAGUGAACAGCACCCCAUAUCAUCUCUAUCAUAGGGAUGGGGGGAAUCGGCAAGACAACUCUUGCUCAAUUUGCUUCAAAGAAAAUCAGGUGAUAAAGAACUUUGAUAAAGUAAUGUGGGUGUGUGUGUCAAAUCCUUUUGAUGAAUACAGGAUAUCCAAAGCAAUCAUUGAGGCUCUAGAAGGUUGUACUUCGAAUUUGGUUGAAUUGGAAUCGCUUUUUCAGCGUAUUAGUGAAUCUAUUGCUGGAAAGAAAUUUUUGCUUAUCUUGGAUGAUGUGUGGUCAGAUGACUACAAAAAAUGGAAACCAUUAUAUCAUUGUUUAAAGAAUAGCCUUCGUGGAAGUAAAAUUUUGAUAACUACACGUAAGGAAUCAGUAGCAUGUAUGAUGGAAUCAAUUGACAGUAUUGUUGUCAAAGAAUUGCCCGAUGAAGAAUGUUGGUUGUUGUUUAGGCAAUUAGCAUUUUUUGGUAGGUCUCAAGAGGAGUCUGAACAUCUAGAAGAGACCGGCAAGCAAAUUUUAAACAAGUGCAAGGGUUUGCCUCUUGCUGCAAAGACUAUUGGUAGUCUUUUGCGCUUUAAAAAAACUAGAGAAAAGUGGCAACAUAUCUUAGAUAGUGAUUUGUGGAAACUUGAAGAGUGUGAAAAAGAUAUUUUUGGUCCCCUACUAUUGAGUUAUAAUGAUUUGCCAUUCAAGAUAAAACGAUGUUUCAUAUAUUGUGCUAUCUUUCCGAAGGACCAUAGCAUAAGAAAAGAUUAUUUGAUUAAAUUAUGGAUGGCUCAAGAUUAUCUCAAAGAAGGAGAUAAAGUAAUGGAGAUAGUUGGUCAAGAGUAUUUUGACUACUUAGCAUCACGUUCAUUCUUCCAAGAGUUUGAAAAAGACCAUCACAAUAAUAUCAUUAAAUGUAAGAUGCACGAUUUAGUAUAUGACUUUGCUCAAUUCCUGAGUAAGAAUGAAUGUCUCCACAUAGGAGUUAAUGGUCUUAAAGAGCCAAACAUUAACUCUUAUCACGAGCAAGUUUGUCACUUGAUGAUAACACUUGAUGAAGGGGUUCCAUUUCUUGAUUCAAUUGGCACUCUCAAAAGGCUGCGUAGUUUUUUACGUAAUCCUGAAGAUUUCAAGACUUCAUUGCCUCCUAAUACCGUACCAAAACUAUUUGAUGAAUUGACAUGUUUAAAGGCAUUAAGUAUUGGUGGAUGUUGGCGUCAAUUUGGAAAAAAUAUUGACGACAUUCCAAAGGAAAUAGGAAAAUUGAUACAUUUGAGAUAUCUUGAUUUAAAAAUGCUAGAAAUGAGAAAACUUCCUGAAGAAUUAUGUGGACUAUAUAAUUUGCAAACUUUAGACAUUAGUUAUUGUACAAAAUUGGAAGAACUACCUCAAGGGAUUGAAAACUUAAUAAACCUAAGGCAUCUAGAAAAUCAUGGGGUCUGGUCAUUAAGAUACAUGCCAAUAAGAAUUCAAAAACUAAAUCGCCUCCGGACAUUAAGGUCAGUCGUUGUGAGUGCAGUUGGUGGUAAUGAUGGCAAAGCAUGCAGCCUUGAAGAUUUGAAAAACAUUAACCUAUAUGGAGAUGAUUUGGAGAUAAACAAGGUGGGAAAUGUAUCAAAUGUGGAUGAGGCUAGAAGAUUAGAGCUCAAGAAUCGGAAAAACCUCCUUCAUUUGGUUCUGAAUUUCAGAAAAGAUGAAGGAGAGAGGACGAAUGAGGAUGAUGAAGCACUUCUUGAAAUCUUACAACCACCAUUAAAUUUGGAGAGGUUAUGGCUAGAAAAUUACAUAGGCAAUGCUAUUAUGUCCAACUGGAUGAUGUCCUUAACCAAGCUCAGGGACUUACUACUCUAUGAAUGCAUAAACUGCAAUCAUUUGCCUCCUUUUGGAAAAUUGCCAUCCCUUGAAUCUCUGAAAAUAAGGUUUAUGAGCAGUUUGAAAAGAGUGAGUAAUGAAUUUUUGGGAAUAGGAAGUGAUGGCACAUCUUCAUCAUUUAUCUUUUUCCCAAAAUUGAAACAUAUUGAGUUUUCCAACAUAGAUGACUGGGAAGAGUGGGAUUAUGAGAUUCCAAGAAAUGAAGAAGAAGAAGAUGAUAUUACAAUCAUGCCAUCUCUGGUUUCCUUGCAAAUUGAUAACUGCUUCAAAUUGAUGGCAUUACCAAACCACCUUGUCCAGAAUACAACAUUGGUAAAAGGUAUUCGGCGUUGUCCUUUCCUAGGCUACCCUUGAAGCUAAAAUAAGAGAGAUUUCUGAUGCAACUAAAUUGCAUUCUGCCUCCAUCUGUUUGGUACACUCGAGUAUACACUUCCACAUAAUCGUCGCCGGUCCAUUAUUACCAAGUCAUUUUUGAGAAGAGGAGAAGAUCAUGCUGUCAUUACUGCUUUAGCUGGAGACAAUCUCAUGACGGUCAGAUCUUGUUUAUUCGUUGAAAAACAGUCCUCCUUCUGUUUCCAUUAACCGGGUGAAGGAUUUUCAAGGGAGGUUCUCCAUUUCCAUCUUUGAGGACUCAUUCGUGGUGAGCCAAGUUUCCUAUGUAGAUUUACACAUUGGUUCUCUUUGAGAUUUUGAAACUAAUCAUCAAAUUCCCUCGGCAGAACUGAUUUUGUAAUUGGGACUAUCGGUAACAAGAGUUCAUAAUUUCUGUCACUGAUCACCGGAGAAAAUACUCUAGGGAAAAGCAAUGGCCGAAACUACACCAAGCCACUUGAAACAAAAAGCAAAUCCGCUUGAUGAAACAAGUGUUGAAUCCUUUUGUUUCAUCAUAUGAAUUAGGUGAUCUAGAGAGACUAUCUCAUGUAAGUUUUUCUUGUGAAAAUAGUGACUCGUAAUAAGAGAUAAAGCGAGUCUGGUGGAGAUCAUAUUUACUCUGGUACGAGAGUAUGAAAGCGGUGAAAUUUUAGUCACUCAAGAUUAGACCUCUCUACCAAGUGGAUUAUUUUUCAUAAAAGGAAGUAUAUAU